AUGGAACUGCUCGAUCUUGACGAAAGCAGUAUCCUUGAUGCCAUUUGUCUCACGGGCCUUGUGCAAAGCAGUGAAGACUUGACCAGAACACAAAACAAGACGUUUCGUUUCCUCCUUGGAGUUAAUAGAAACACCGUGUUCAGCAUCUUCAAUAACCCAUUGGAAGUGCGAGUCACCAGUGAAGUCCUCAAUGGAGGAACGGGCCAAAGGAUGACGCAACAACGACUUAGAGAAUGUCAAGACAAGAGGCUUUCUGAAAGCUCUGUGCAUUUGUCUUCUCAACAAGUGGAACAAGUUGGCAGGAGUAGAGGGGUAGGCAAUCUGCAUGUUACAGUCUUGGUGUUGACGUUCAAGCUUGUCAGGAGAUGGGAAAACUCUAGGGUCUUCAUUGGCAAGUUGGAGGUAACGUUCAAUUCUUGCAGACGAGUGCUCAGGUCCUUGACCGUCGUAACCGUGAGGAAGAGACAGAACAAGACCAGUUCUCUGGGCCCACUUGGACUCACCGGCAGCCACAAAUUGAUCAGUAAUGACUUGGGCGGUGUUGGCGAAAUCACCGAAUUGGGCCUCCCAAAUAACAAGAGCAUCGGGACUGGUCAAUGA